CAAAUUUGGGGCAUUUUGCGCCGAUCGGCCUGUCCUCGCGUGAGGCGGGCAUCCGUAAUUAGGCGGGACCGGACUUGGGAAAGUGAAGUCUCGGGGUAUAUAAGGAGCAAAGGAGGCGGAGAAGGGAGAAAGAAAUAGCUAUUGGGCAGUAACUCGAGAAAAAGAAAACCGGACCAGCUAACAAUAGUAAGGAAUUAGGACUUGAACACCAUUGACCAGCCAGCAUGACAUUAUCCGCCCAUAUCGACCCGGACACUAUCGAAGAUAAGAUCUUCGAAGACUCGGUGAACAAGUCUGCCUUGAUUACAAAAUAUUUCAACAAGUUCUCUGACAAGAACAAUGCGGUUUCGAGAGUGGAGUCGAAGAUAGCUUCAACACUUUGUGACCAGAGAAAGAGUGAGAUUGUCUCGCGGUUCCACGGUGUCGCCAACAAAUUCAAAAUGCCGGAACAUGGCAUGUCUUCGAAGUUAGCGUACGAAAUGGUGCACGACGACUUGACGUUGGACGGCUCAACAACCCUCAAUUUGGCCUCGUUCGUUAAUGUGCACACCGAUGACGACUCGCUGAAGUUGAUCAUGGAAAACCUGACGAAAAAUUUGGCCGACAACGACGAGUAUCCGAUGCUAAUCGAUCUACAGCAACGUUGCAUCUCCAUCAUCGCUAACCUGUGGAACGCACCGCUGGAGGUCUCCGACACCGGUAUUCAAACUCCGCACAAAUUGGACCACUUCGUGAAAUGGAAGAGUAGAGCGAUUGGAACCCCCUGCACGGGAUCUUCGGAAGCUAUAAUGCUUGGAGGGUUGGCCAUGAAGAAAAAUUGGCAAGCUCAAAGAAAAGCCAAAGGCUUGAGCAGUGCCAAUCCAAACAUAUUGAUGGCAUCUUGCUGCCAGGUUGCAUUGGAAAAGUUUGCAAGAUAUUUCGACGUCGAGAACAGAUUGAUUGGUGUCUCCGAAAAGGACUUCUUGAUUGACCUUGACAAAAUCGAAAAAGAAUUGGAUGAGAAUACCAUUGGUAUUUUUGUCAUUGUUGGUUCCACAUACACUGGUGGUUUUGAAAAUGUGGAUGCCAUUGCUAAGUUGCUUGAUGCCUAUGAGAAGAAAACAGGCCACUGGAUUCCGAUCCAUGUGGAUGGUGCUUCGGGAGGAUUCAUUGCGCCAUUGAUUUACCCAGACUUGAGGUGGGAUUUCAGAAUCGAUAGAGUCAUGUCAAUCAGUGCUUCGGGACAUAAGUAUGGUCUUGUGACUGCUGGGUUGGGGUGGGUUCUUUUCAGAGACCAAGCUUGGUUGCCAAAAUCACUAAGAUUCCAGUUACAAUACCUUGGAGGCGUAGAAGAAUCCUUCAGUUUGAAUUUCUCUAGGCCUGGUUAUCAGGUUGUUCAUCAGUACUACAACUUUAUCAAAUUUGGUAGGGAUGGCUAUUAUGAGAUCUUCAACAACUGCUUAAUCAAUGCAAGGUUGCUGUCCUUGUUUUUGGAGGAGACGGAGUACUUCACAUGCAUUUCGAAUUUGCAUCUACCUUUAGGCAUGACUACUAGAAAUAGAGAUCCGAAGUGGGAUAUCCAGGCUUCUCAUGCAAUCAUUUCCCAACACGAAAAGUUCAAUCCUGCUUUGCCUGUCGUGUCCUUCCAAUUCACCAAAGAAUUCUCAGAGCAGUACCCAGAGAUCCCACAAUCAUUGGUAUCGUCAUUGUUAAGAAAUAAAAAGUGGAUUAUCCCUAACUAUGAACUUCCUAGAAUUAAUGUUCCGGAAGUUUCAGAAGAUGGGGAAGAGCAUGACGAUCCUGGUCUUAAGAACGAAGUAAAUGGAGAAAACAAUGAAAUUCUCAGAGUUGUUGUCAAAUAUAACUUGACCGCACAAUUGUUAGAUAAGUUAAUGCAUGAUAUUACCGAAACGGUCGAGAUGCUUAUCAAAUCAGUUGAACUGGUUCGAGCAAAUGUUCAAGCCAUGAAAGAGAGCGGACAGGAUGCUACCAGAGAACUUGUUUACGACAUGUUGACAAGCAUUGCUAACGGCGGUGAUGAGAGACUCAUCAAAUUCAAAAGCAACAAUCAUGGGUUUAAGGGCGUAUGCUAAAAAUAAUAGUGCGUUUUGUUUACAAUCCAUUUUCAGUUCGUUUCUUAUUUAAAUUAUAUAGCAAAGUAAAGCCAAAAAAGAUUUGUUACUUUGACGAUUGUCUACAAAAUCUUGUUAAUUUUCCCCUUCGCAACCUUCAGUUUGUUUGUGCUUUGGUCAACCUCUUGAUUGAGGCUAUCAAGUAGCUCAUUCUGUAUACCAAUUUCUUCGUUAACAGCAAUUCCAAUCUGCUUUUGCCUUAUAAUCAUAUCUCUUAAUGCACUCAAGCUUUGAUCCUGGUCCUGCAUU